CCCUAGCUUCCGCGCCCAGACGCAUGCUCGCAUGCGCCGGCUCCUUCGAGUGUUGAACCCCGGCGUGCCUUGGCUUGUCGGCGUGUUUGCGCAUUCAGGCUGGGCUCUAGAAGCGAACACAGAACCAGAACCGAUGUGCUUGACGAAGUGAAGCGAGUCCUGUUUCCCGAUGACGACGAUGGUUCAAGCCGGCUCUCACGCUGCCGCCGCUGAGAUUGUGUGCUGCGAGGUGACCACCCGCCACAGCUCGGGCGCAGCCCGUGUCGGCGCCGCCGCCACGGAGCCCACAGCCGCAUGCAGCCCUGCACGCGCGGCUGCCUCCAGCAGCGCCGACCCCAUGUCGCCUGCGGCGGUGCGCUUCAUCAGCGACCGGGCCGUCGCCGCCGGCGCUGCGCCCUUCACGGCACCUGCCCGGCUCACGUCCACGCCUCCUCCGCCGGUGUCUGGUGCGGAGCUGGCGGCGGGGCUGCAGGCGGCCUUCCCCAUCCUGGGCGCGGCCUCGCUGGCGACUGGUGCCGGUGCCGUCAAGGUCCUGGUGGGCGGCCGCGUGGUGCACCGGGCCGGGUGGGUGGCGGGCGUCAGCACCGGGCUGCGCCAGCGCGAGGUGCAGCACGUGCCCUCUGCGUUCGUGGCGGAGCGGCACAGGCCCCUGGUCGCCCUGGCGCGCAAGAGCGUGACGGUGCGCUUCCCGCCUGCGGAGCUGCGUGCUGCGCUGUCGGACCCGAGCCCGGAGUGGUUCGCUGACAUGCUGCGGCCCUGCGUGCGUGAGGCGGUCGUGUGCGGCGAGGUGAUGCGCCGCUUCCGGUCCAGGCACGGCCAGGCGGCGCUGGAGCGCUGGUUCCCCGAGCAGUUUGGGUGGACCGUGGAGGUGGUGUCGGAAAAGGAGGCGGGCGUGAGCGGCUGCUUCCGCUUCGUCACGCACAGCGCGUGGCAGGCCAACGGCAACCUGGAGAGCUACAUGACCAACCUGUUCGCGGACCGCGACCCUGAGCGGUACGCCAAGACCGUCAAAGCACUCACACAGUGGGCCCACGUGUGUGAGCUGCUGAGCGCCGCCGGCAUCACGCACGGAGACAUGAAGCCGGGCAACCUGCUGGUGGACGAGGACGGCAACAUCAAGCUCACGGACCUGGACGGUGCGGCUCUGCUGCCUGCGCACAUCGUGAUGGACGCACAGGAGGACGCCGAGAUGGCCACGGCGGCGGGCAGCGGCGGGGCGGCGGCGGCCGUCGCGAGCGCCGCGAUGCGCGGGCUGGAGACGGCGGCUGUGUCCGAGUCUCCGUACACGAUGACGACGGCGUUUGCGCCGCCUGAGAUGUGGGUGGGCUGGGCGCGCUCUCGCAUGAGCUACCCGGACUCGCUGGAGCAGCUUCUGGCGCGUGCUGAGUCGCGCAGCUGGGCGGGCGCGCUGCAGCUACUUCAGCAGCUGGACGGCUGCGAGACGCGGCUUGAGCAGCUGCAGCUGCUGUCCGACCUGGGCGGCCGCGACUGGAUGUGCGCCGCCUCGCACACGUACCUGCUGGGCGCGGCCGUGUGCGACUGGUCCUGCGAGCAGCUGGGGCAGCUGGCGUGUGUGGUUGGUGGUGGCGGGCGGGCGCUGCAGUCGGACGUGGGCUUCCUGUCCGAGCUGCACGACGUGGCUGAGGGGCUCAUGGCGCUGCGGCCGUGCCAGCGGCCCAGCAUGCAGCAGCUGCGCACACGACUGGCGCGACUGGCAGAUGACUGGUGCUAAAGCAGCUGUCUAUGGCAGUCGGGCAAGGCAGUAGGGGUGGAGAGGGGGUUGGGGGACAGAGGGCAGGUAACGUCACGUGCGUGCCUCAAAGCAGCGGAGGCCUUACCUGGCUCGGGCAGGGCAAAAUGGGAAAUUGAAGACGUGGUUAUGGGUCCUGCAACGCCGCCGGGUACACACGUGCUUGUGGACAAUAAUGAACCAACGGUAUCCGCCAAGGUAUGCGGCACGCACGGGCAGGACGAAAGAGAGACGUGGGUGCAUGGAUGUGGUGCAACACCGCUGGUACACAUAUACUGCUGGCAGGGAUGGUGUGCACUGUGGACUUGUGAGCAAUAGCGGAGGUAUCCGCAUACAUACCGUAUGGGAGGGAUGCUAACUUGGCGGAUUGAUAACCCAAAUUUUGUGUGUGGGACACGGGUAUCUAAUGAGCUCAACAUAUACUGAAUGGUCUGUCUGAUUCAAACAGUGGUGUGCGUGGCGUCACGUGGGCAUUGGCGUAGCGCACGUUUCCCUUGAAUGGAAGAGCCACCUUACUUGUUCAUAUUGCUCGCGUGGAAUUGUGCUAUACGACGGUUUUGUUGCAUCCUGCAUGCUGCGUGCGAGGGUCCGAGAUGUCAACGGUUGUGGUGAUGCCCGAGGAGUGAGGGAAUAUAAAGCCCUGCAUUUGCUGUUGCCAUCCAGCGACUGGAAGGCGGUUGGCCACGCUUGGUAG